GUCUUUAGAGAAUAAACGAACUUUCUUGUUGAUAGGACCUAUGUGAACUUGAACAAAGUAUAAAAAAGUAAAAUGUGGACUUCAAGAUUGCUUGCAUUAUGUCAAAUAUUUAUGGUAUUGGAUACAACAAUUUGUAGAACAAUAAAACGGAAUGUGAACUCGUCACCAAUGAUGACUACCACUGUAGCUCACCACUUGCAUUGCCAGGGAUUCUAUAAAAUAUCCAGGUUGGUUUUACCGUCAGUUCCCGAGACGAUUCUCGGCAAACAUUUGAUGGUAUCGGACCCCGAGAACAACAUGCAAAUGAUCAGAUGACAUUAGAUACAAAUACACUUCAUGACAGGUCUUAUAUUCAGGUUGAAUUCGAGCGUCCAAUGCUGGUAACAGGUAUUAUUACACAAGGGAGCCCAAACUCCAUUUCAAGGGUGACGCAUUACCGUGUUCUACAUAGUGAGGACUGUAUACAAUUCAUACCCAUUACAGACAAUGAAGGAAACAGUGUGGAAUUUGUUGGUAACUUGUACGUGAAUUCGACAAAUACUGUUGUAUUUGACGAUGCAGUUUUUGCAAGGUGUGUUAGGGUUGUACCUACUAGAAGGGUCGGCGAUGAUACGUCAAUGAGAUUUGAGCUUCUAGGCUGUGAUAGAAGCGCGUGUCAGGUGGAACUGGCAACUCUGUUGUUAGAGGAACAAGACACGUGGAAGAAGUUCAUGUUUGAUAAAGAAAAGAUCGUGUCCUCUGUGAAGAUAUCAAUGAAUCAGAACGACGUUACGGGUAUUCCUGUAUUCGCAAUGGCAGCAAGUAGAAAUUGUAACUUUGGUCCCAACGAUAGACUAGAAUACAAUGGGAAAACAAAAUUAUUUACUAUCGAGUCGGGUACAAGCGAGCUGCUGAUAGACGAUGACUCAUUCCCAAUCCGAGCCUCUUGUUUCGCCGUGUAUAGCCCUAACCCUAAUCAUAUAGCUUUCCCUGACGUUCAUAUUGGAGAUGUUGAAGUCGACCAACUGACAAUGAUAACUCCAAAUCAGUAUCACGUGACGUUCUACGGCUGUGAUGCUUUGGAUACACAUGACAUUCUUGACUCGUGUGGCAAGACGAGAGUUGCUGCCCGCCAUAAUGAUCGCCGGAAACGUGUCGUUGGUGGAGAUGCGUCACUUCCGGGAGAAUGGCCUUGGCUAGUGUCGUUGCAUUUUAUGGCUUCUCACGAAUUUACAGACAAUUCAGGACUGCCUCAUUUAUGCGGAGGCUCCCUUAUACACCCGCAAUGGGUGGUGUCAGCAGCUCACUGUUUUGAUGAUAUGGCUGGUGAGGGACUAUCUAAUAAAGAUAAUUGGGUAGUAGUUCUUGGUGAACACUAUCAAGGUAUAAUGGACGGAACAGAACAGUUUCUUUACAUCGAUAAACUCGUCAAACAUCCGGAUUUUAUUCUUUCAUUUGAUCAUGCGAUCCUAAAUGAUAUUGUACUCCUUAAGUUGAACAUACCAGUCGUGUUAUCAGACUAUGUGAACACUAUAUGUUUAGAACCAAACUACACAGUACCUGACGGAACACCGUGCUUAACAACUGGAUGGGGACUUGUUGACGUCGAAGGCGUUGGUGUAGAGCUUCCUAACUCGGCGGAAUUGAGGAUCGUACCAAGAGAUGAAUGUAGAAAUAUUUAUGAAAGUUUGCCGGAUGACCACGAGGCGAAGCAAUUCGUUUCUAUUCAAGAGUCGGUGAUAUGCGCAAGAGCUGAUCGAACUGGAGUAGACGCUUGCAAGGGCGAUUCUGGCGGGCCACUAAUUUGUUACCAUAACGACCAUUGGAUACAGACGGGCGUUGUUUCAAUUGGUUAUCAGUGCGGGGAUAUAAGAUACCCAGGUCUCUAUACUAACAUGAACUACUUCUAUGACUGGAUAGAAAAUACCAUACACACAGACGUCGGAACAUAAAUAUUCCAGCUGUAUAAAUGAAAAAUCAAACAUUCAACAAUGUAUUAAAGUAUAUAUUGAAACAAAAGAAGACACACCUUUUCAAUAGAAAAUAAACUUAAUAAUACUUAACUUAAGGUAAAUUGAUCGACUAGUAUGAUUUAAGAUAAACCAUGUUUUAAUUGUUAAAUACAAGAACUUAUCUUCUUAGUUUACACUGCUAUUUUUCUUUUCUCAGAACAAGCAUUAAUUGAUUUAUACCAAUGGUACGAUAAUAGAACUACCACCCCUUUCAUUUACACUUAAAAGAAAACAUAUUUGUCUAGCAAUUUAUUAAAACUUGCUUACUCAUAAA